CAUUUUGCAUAAGUCUUGAAGGCACACGUAGACUAGCCGAAGAUUUUAAUAAAUUUUCUGCUUCAGCAGGCCUUAUAGCAGCACAAACUUUGUGAAAAUAUCAAGUGCCGGUGCCAGAGCGUGAACUACUAAUCAUUUGAAAAUGGCGCGUUACACCCAACGUCCGGAAAAUGCUCUGAAAAGGGCCAAUGAAUUCAUCGAGGUAGGAAAACCUUUGCGUGCCUUGGACACGCUUCAGGAGGUGUUCCGAAACAAGCGUUGGAAUUAUGCCUACUCGGAAACAGUCAUUGAACCGCUCAUGUUCAAGUACUUGUACUUGUGCGUGGAGCUCAAGAAGUCCCAUAUCGCAAAGGAGGGCCUCUUCCAAUACCGUAAUAUGUUCCAGUUGGUCAAUGUGAACUCGCUAGAGAAUGUGAUUCGCGGUUAUUUGAAAAUGGCCGAGGAGCACACAGAGGCGGCACAGGCGCAAUCUUCUGCAGCUGUCGCGGUGUUGGAACUUGAUGAUUUGGACAAUAUCGCCACUCCGGAGAGCAUUCUGAUGAGUGCUGUGUGUGGUGAAGAUGCGCAAGAUCGUUCAGAUCGUACCAUACUAUUGCCAUGGGUUAAGUUUUUGUGGGAAUCGUACUGCCAGUGCUUGGAGCUCUUGCGUGUGAAUACCCAUUGCGAGGCUCUAUACCAUGACAUUGCACGUAUGGCCUUCCAGUUUUGUUUGAAGUAUAACCGCAAGAGUGAAUUCCGUCGGUUGUGCGAUAAGCUGCGUAAGCAUCUGGAGGACAUAUGCAAGAGCAGCAAUCAAACAACAGGCGUAUCCAUCAACAAGGUUGAAACGCAGCAGUUGUGUCUCGACACAAGGCUUUAUCUCUUGGACUCGGCCAUCCAAAUGGAAUUGUGGCAGGAGGCUUACAAAGCCAUUGAGGACAUUCAUGGGCUAAUGGCACUGUCUAAGAAGACUCCAGUGCCCAAGACUAUGGCCAAUUAUUAUCAAAAGCUUGCCAUGGUAUUCAGCAAAGCAGGCAAUCAACUCUUCCACGCCGCUGCUCUGCUCAAGCUCUUCCAAUUAACACGGGAAUUGAAAAAGAAUCUAACUAAGGAUGAUUUGCAGCGCAUGGCCGCUCAUGUGUUGCUGGCUACCCUGUCCAUUCCCUUACCGUCGGCACACCCAGAAUUUGACCGCUUCAUCGAGGCGGAUAAGAGUCCAUUGGAAAAAGCGCAGAAGCUAGCUGUUCUUUUGGGAUUACCACAGCCUCCUACGCGUAUUUCCUUGAUCCGUGAAGUUGUCCGCCUAAACGUGCCACAUCUUGUGUCGGACGAUUUUCGUAACCUGUACCAUUGGUUAGAAGUUGACUUCAACCCGUUGAAUUUGUGCAAGCGUAUUCAGUCUAUUAUUGACACAAUCGAAAAUGGUCCUACAGAGAAUACUCUCCUAACGCCCUACAUUCAAUCGCUCAAGGAUGUGACUAUAAUGCGUUUGAUACGUCAAAUCUCUCAGGUCUAUGAGAGCAUUGAGUUUAAGCGUCUUCUCGAGCUUGCCUCCUUCUGCAACAUUUUUGAGCUUGAAAAGCUGUUGGUAGAAUCGGUGCGCCACAAUGACAUGCAAAUCCGCAUCGAUCAUCAGAAGAACAGCAUUUAUUUUGGUACCGAUUUGACUGAAAGUCAGCGGGAAUAUCAUCCAGAUGGACCGACCCUGCAAUCAAUGCCAUCUGAGCAGAUUCGUUCGCAACUUGUGAACAUGUCUACCGUAUUAACUCGGGCCGUUUCCAUUGUCUAUCCUAAUAGGGAACGCGACCAUCGUGCUAAGUUGCGCACACAAAUGGUGCAUCACUAUCAUGAGAUCAAAGAUCGUGAGCACCAGCGCAUUUUGCAACGUCAAAAGAUCAUCGAAGACCGCAAAGAGUUCAUUGAGAAGCAAAAUAAUGCACGCGAAGAGGAGGAAGCUCGUCGGCAUGAGGAGGAAACGCGUAAGGCGAAACUCGCAGAGCAGAAGCGUUUAGAACAGGAGCAAGAGGAACGCGAACGAAAGCGUCACCUUAAUGAAAUCCAAGCCAUAAAGGAAAAGAGCCUUAAGGAAAAGGUGCAGCAAAUAUCGCAGACUGCGCACGGAAAGAAAAUGUUGUCAAAGCUGGAUGAGGAGGGCAUCAAGAAAUUGGAUGCUGAACAAAUUGCUAUGCGUGAGUCCGAAGAGCUGCAACGCGAGCGCAAAGAGCUGCAGUCCAAGCUUAAGUCGCAAGAAAAGAAAAUUGAUUACUUUGAACGUGCUAAGCGAUUGGAAGAAAUUCCUCUAUUCGAAAAGUACUUGGCGGAGAAACAAGUUAAGGACAAGGAGUUCUGGGAAGCCACUGAACAAACACGAAUCGAGAAUGCUAUAGCCGAACGCGAGGACGCAGUAAGUCAGCAGGAUCGCCUUAAGCGGAUGUAUCCCGACCGUGAUGAGUUCUUAGAAGCUCUCAAAAAGGAGCGUGCCUCUCUGUAUGUGGAAAAGCUCAAGAAGUUCGAAAUUGCACUGGCCGAAGAGCGCAAAAAACGUUUGGCCGAUCGUGUUGUGCGACGACGCGAGGAGCGCCGUCAGGCCUGGCUAAGGGAAAAGGAAGAAGAACGUUUGCGCAAGGAAGAAGAGAUCCGUCGCAUUCGCGAAGCAGAAGAGCGUGCUGCAGCCGAGGCACGUCGCUUGGAACGCGAAGCCGAGGACGAGAAACGUCGAGUCCAGUAUGAAAAACAACGUGCCAAGGAAGAAGAGGCUGAACGAAAGAUUCAGGAGGACCGUGACCGUCUGGCCCGAGAAGUUGCCGCUGAGCGAGAGCGUGGUGAAAAGGAACGAGAUGUCUGGCGUCCUCGCGGUGGCGAACGCGUUGAACGUCCCGAGCGCUCCAGUGCUGCGCCUGCAGGUGGAGCUAGCGAAUGGCGUCGUGGUCCGGCGCCAAGCGAACGCAACGAUCGCAGUGAACGCACCGAUCGCAGUGAUCGCGGCGAGCGCAAUGAUCGCGGUGAGCGCAACGAUCGUGGUGAGCGCAACGAUCGUGGGGAACGCAACGAUCGCAGCGAACGCAUAGAUCGUGGUGAUCGUAUAGAACGGGGUGAUCGUAUUGAGCGGGGUGAUCGUACGGAACGAGGAGAUCGUAUAGAACGCGGAGGUGACCGCAAGGACAACGAUGGUGGUGCUGAUUCUUCUUGGCGUGUACGCCGUGAGCCGGACUCCCAGCGUACCGGAGAUCGUGGAGGUGCUGCACCUCAAAGAGAUGACAAAUGGCGUCGCGGAGGGGGAGAGCGGGACUUCCGCCGCAAUGAUGGGCCACGUCGAGAAGAUGACCGUGACCGUGGAUUCCGUCGUAAUGAUGAGCCACGUCGAGAAGAGCGUGAAACCGGAAACAACUGGCGAGACGCACCACGUCAAAAUGAUCGCGAAAAUCGCCGGCCUGUGGGGGGCGAGAGGCGCGAUAGGGAUCGUGGUGCUGGCGCUGGACCAAAGGAAGGUGGUGGUGGAGGCGGCGGCGGUAAUUGGCGCACGGCUCCAGCUUCUGAUAAACCUGCUCCAAAGCGUGAUCAGCCACAGGAUAAAGAAAACAAGGCCAGUGAUGAUGGCGAGUGGCAGGCCGUAAAACGUCGUUAAAUUAUUAUCGUAGCCGCAUUUGGUGUGUUGCGUAUUUUUUAGUUAUCGAGCAUUUCGUAUUCAGAUUUAACAAUUUCAGAUUUUUUUUAUACUAAUAUAAUACAUAUGUGUACUUUUUACCCAAUUAAUUAAGCGCUUUUGACUCGCUCCAAUGUUUUGGAUUGCCAUUUGGUACGUGCUUAAAUUUAACAGUCGUUAAGAAAUAAAACGGGCAUUCAGCGGCAUCAGCAGCACCCAAUAAAGGAAAAACAAUAUGUAAUCCACAUACAAAUAUGGUAUCUGAACAAUUGAAAAUUAACAUACGCAACAAAAAGUAAAUUAAAUAAACAUAAUCUAUACUACA